AUGUCUGCCGAGGCUCCGGUGGGCGACGGAGUUGCAGAGCAGGCGCCCCCCGCCGAGCGGAGAUUCGUGAAGUAUCACGGCAGGAGGCCGCUUAGGGCAGGGGAAAGGGUGCACGUGUUCGACGCGGUGAAGGGCGACUGGGAGACUGACUGCGAGGUUGUGAGCGUGCUGGACGCGCCUCUCACGCUCGCCACGUUCGAGGUGCCCGCAGGGUCCGUCACGGUCACCAUCCGCAACGAGAGCGGCGUGGGUCGCCGCACCAUCCAGCCGGAGUUUUUUAGCACCAUGGUGAAAUGCGUUGAGGACGACCCCGCCGAGACGCUGGAGGACGAGCGCGUGGCCGCGGCGUGGGAGGCGGUGUUUGCCCGCUUCCAGGCAGGGGGCCAGGUCGAGCUGGUUCGGGAGGGCACCUUUCACGGCCCGCCGCUCCAGUCGGGUGGCCUCGACAGGUCCGACCCGAAGGGCCAGAGCGGAGUCCCGAACACCACUGACGCAGGAGGCGUCAGCUCGCUGCCCUCGACCAGGAAGGACGGCGAUGCCGAGCACCGUGCGGACAACCACGACCCGACCCCGAGGGCGGCAAUGCCGCCGUCGAGGGUGCCGCAGAAGGGCGUGAUGCUCCCCGACCUGCACAACGUGUCCAUCCUGGGGGACGACUUCACUCCGACCGCUCUGGGGGGCUCCUUGCCAGAGCCUCCGGCAUACGACCGUCGCAAGCAGAAAGUGUUGAUCAUCGGCGUGGGCUUCGGACUCAAGGUGAACGAGCGCCAGUUCAACAUGAUUCGGGACGCCGGCUUCCAGACCAAGGUCCUGCACGACGUCCCGAACCCCGAGCUGCCAAAUUUCGACAUGGCCCCUCACAUCUACAAGCUGAGGGACACGAUCAGGGAGUACAAACCCGACCUCCUGGCGGUGGGCUCCAAAGGCGGUGCGUACCUGGCCGUGCUGUGGAAGCUCCGUUAUUGGACUGGUCCUACCGUCGUACUGAAUCGGCACCCCACGCUGACGGAGCUCCCCAAGGACGCCAACGUGGUGCUGGCGCACGGCUCGAACGACGAGGUGUACCCGCAGCCGCGCAAACGCCUCGAGGCGGUCAUCAGGACUGGCGACCCGAACAGGUGCCUGCUGUACUACACCAACAACAGCGGGCUGCUGGCUGGCCGGACGCUCACGCGGCAGGGGGACUUCCACAACAUGGAGUCCCUGCUGCUGUACGACUGCCUCCCGCGCCUCUGCGACGCGGCCCUGUGCCGAGAGGGCCCCGAGAUGCAGCUGAUGCAGUCGUGGAUGCAGAUGACGUCUGACGAGCGCUCAGAGGCCGAGCGUUGGCUGGGAUUCUCCAUGUCGGACCUGCGCAGGCUCUGGGACCGCGACUCGCAGGGCGCCGGCGAGGGCGUGGCAUUCGAGGUCCCUCCGGGUUGCGAGGAGUGGGACGCGGUGAGCGCGAUCUUCAAGGCCCAGCCGAAGGUGGCGCGUGCAUACCACGACAUGAACCCCGGGAUGUGGCAGAACGUCGAGAUCGCCAGAAUAGACCGCAUCGAGAACGCGCCCCAGGACGACGGCUGCGAGGUGUACGCCAGGACCAUGCAGCGCGGCCUCGAGCAGCAGGGCCUGACCUUCCGGCCCGGCCUGCACACGCGGUGGGCCUUCCACGGCUCCAGCGCAGUCGAGGAGAUCGUGCGCGAUCCAGUGGCUGGCUUCCAGCCGCUGCUGGGCGGCAGCCGCGCCAGCACCGUGUGGGGCCCUGGAGAACGUACUUCGCCCGGGACGCCAAGUACGUCUACGACGGGGGGUUCUGCAGGGUCUUGCCUGACGGCAGCAGGCAGAUCCUUCUCUGUCUGCUCAUGA